UAUAUAUAUAUAUAUAUAUGAGUUCUCACAUAAUCCGGGCAUGGUAGGGAAGGGAUUGAUUGUUUGCAAGUUAUAAGGUAAUUCCGCGCAAAAGCAACGUCCAGGUUCCAACUGAGACGUACAGCUUGGUACAAAGGCGCCAGGAAAACAAACAAGAAAGUUAGAAUAACGUUGAGUGAGUUAUGGCUGAGACGUGUGUUUAUAACGGCAAAGUUAUAAAGCCACUUACGAAGGAGAACUCGAGAGAGUGGUUUAAUUUGGUUAAAAACUAUCUGAUAGCCCACCGUCUUUGGGGAGUAAUGAUUGAUGAUGCAGCUACUCAUCAAGAUGAUCCCUCUUGGAGACAAAAGAAUGAAGAAGCAUUGCGCAUCUUACGCAUCUCAUGCUCGCCCCAGACUCUUCAUCUUAUAGAAGUCGUCCCUGAAGCCAAGGCUGCCUGGCGCCUUCUUCAUCACAACUUCGCCCCCAAACCAUCUGCUGCCAUGAACGCAGCGGGAGAAACUUCUUUUGACGUCGGCAUUUUGCACAAAGCUAUAUGUGCUAACAAGUUGGAGGAAGCAAAACAAAUCCUAGAGCAACAUUCAAGUGCUUGGACGGCAAAACUUACAGCUACAAACGGAACACCUCUCCAUGUGGCUGCGCUUUUUGGACAUGUAGAACUAGUGAAGGAGUUGGUGAGAUUAGCUGACUCAGAAUUCCUGGAAAUAGUCGACGAUUAUGGCUCUACUCCACUUGCAAUUGCUGCAUCCACUGGGGUCGUUGAAAUCGCAAAAUGCAUGCUUAAUAAGAAUAGAAACAUACUGGACACUCCGGACUUGAGAUAUCAUCUUCCUGUUGCAUUGGCCAUUGGUGCUGGUCAGAAAGAAAUGGGACGUUUUCUCUAUAAGGAAACCCCAUUGGAAGUCCUCAAACCUCAAAAUGGCUAUCUAGGUUCUCGUCUUCUUCGUGCAUGUUUCGAAGCCGGUGAACUUGAUAUUGCUCGGCAUCUGCUUGAACAAUGUGAAGAUAUCAUUUUUGCCGCAGACCACACCAAUUGGACACCAAUUGCAAGUAUAGCAAGCAUGCCAGCUGCAGUUGAGAGUGUAAGUCAACUUGGAUUCUGGAAAAGAUGGAUUUAUAAGUCCAUACCUAAACCAUCAACCACAACAACUGAUAAUGUUUGUGUAGACAUUCAACAAGAAGGCGACGAUAAAAGCAUUCAAGGGCAUGGUCUACUACACUGGUUCAUCUCUAACACCUAUAAUCGAUUAGGAGUGAAGGAAAUAUAUGAGCUAAAGUUGCUGCAUGAACGAGCAUCUCAAAUUCUGAAACUACUUUGUCAGAGGGCACCUCUUUUGGAUAGGCAACAGCAUGGGAUCGUUAUAAAUACGUUGUACAUUGCGGCCAGAGAAGGGCUUGUUGAUUUUUUGUCCGAAGUAUCAAAAACAAACCCACAACUAAUCCAGUUUACUUCAAGCUUAGGGAAUCGGAACACUUUUUUCUGUGCUGUUGAAUGCCGUCAAGCUGAGGUUUUCAACCUAAUCCACGAGUAUCGCUUCAAGAAUUUAAUAGCAUCAGUGGUAGAUACCUCCGGACAUUGUAUGAUGCAUAUGGCAGCCAUGCUGGGUCCUUCUAACCAACUUAACCGCGUCUCCGGUGCAGCUCUGCAGAUGCAAAGAGAAAUGCAAUGGUUCAAGGAAGUUGAAAAGGUAGUACCUCUUGGACUUAGGGUACCUAAGAAUAGCAAGGGUAAACGACCAAAAGAAAUGUUCAUAGAAAGUCACAAAGCUCUAAGGGAUGCGGGAGAAAAAUGGAUGAAGGAUACAGCAUCUUCUUGUUCUGUUGUUGGUGCUUUGAUUGUUACCAUCAUGUUUGCUGCAGCUUUUACUGUUCCCGGAGGGAACGAUCAGAAUACAGGCUACCCAAUGUUUUUGAAAGAUAAGUUAUUUAUACUCUUCAUGAUCUCAGAUGCAUUGUCAUUGUUCUCUUCAACAACUUCUGUGCUGACAUUUUUAGGGGUUUUUACCUCACGCUAUGCUGAAGAAGACUUCCUCAUAUCGUUACCCAGAAAGUUGAUCAUUGGCCUUUCUGCACUCUUCUUGUCCAUUUUAACCAUGAUGGCAGCAUUUUGUUUAUGCAUCAUUCUCAUGUUUAAGCAUACAUACUCAUGGUCUUAUCUACCUGUCAUUAUAAUUGCUAGUGUCCCAGUGACCCUCUUUGUAUUGUUACAAUUUCCUCUUCUUCUUGAUGUAAUUUCUUCUACUUAUGGCCCAGGCAUCUUUAAGAGAAAUGUAAAAUAAACUCUUGGCCAUGAAAUGCAUAUACGUGCCUGUCGUUAUUAUCCCA